ACGUGACAUUGUUUUGCUUCCGUGUUCUGAGCUCCGCUACUUCAGUUGCUCACUCAGUCUAGGGGUGCAUAACUCAGAAUGUCUCAACUCCGCGCCGUCUUUGUAAACGUCUUGUUCUUAUGUCUGUCCUCUGCCUCUCAACCCAAUUUCGUGCUCUUCUUCGCCGAUGAUCUAGGCUAUGGGGACCUGGGCUGUUACGGACACCCGACCUCCCUGACUCCGAACCUGGACAAGCUAGCGGCGGGAGGGCUGCGCUUCACCGACUUCUACUGCACCAGCCCGGUGUGCAGUCCCUCCAGGUCAUCUUUGCUGACGGGUCGUUACCAGACUCGCACAGGUAUCUACCCUGGGGUGUUGUACCCAGAUUCUAUCGGGGGUCUACCACUGAAUGAGACCACCAUCGCGGAGGUGUUAAAGCCAGCAGGCUAUGCCACCGCAGCUGUGGGCAAGUGGCACCUUGGAUAUGGGGCCAAUGGGAUGUACCUCCCAACCAACCAGGGCUUUGACCACUACCUGGGGAUUCCCUAUUCCCACGACAUGGGUCCGUGUAAAAACCUGACAUGCUUCCCUCCUGAUGUGAAGUGCUUUGGGCUCUGCGACGUCGGCUCGGUAACUGUUCCGCUGAUGAAGAAUGAAAAGAUCAUACAGCAACCAGCGAACUUCCUGGAGCUGGAGAAGGCUUACAGCGACUUUGCAACGAAUUUCAUCCUGACCUCCACCCAGAAGCAACAGCCUUUCUUCCUCUACUAUCCAUCCCAUCACACACACUACCCUCAGUAUGCGGGCCAAAGAGCUGCUGGGAGAACUUUAAGAGGUUCGUAUGGAGAUGCUCUGGCAGAGUUUGAUGACACCAUAGGAGACAUCAUGGCCACCCUGGAGAAGGCAGGAGUCCUCAACAACACACUUGUCUUUUUCACAUCUGAUAAUGGGCCUGAGCUAAUGAGAAUGUCGAGAGGAGGUAAUGCUGGCCUCUUAAAAUGUGGUAAAGGCACCACUUAUGACGGAGGCAUGAGAGAACCUGCUAUUGCCUACUGGCCUGGAACUAUAAAACCUGGUGUGACUCAUCAGUUGGGCAGCAUUCUGGACAUCCUGCCGACCUUUGCCAACCUGGCAGGGGCCAAACUUCCCUCUGUGAUACUCGACGGGAUUGAUUUGACAGAACUUCUCAUUCAUCAAGGAAGGAGUGCCCGUGAGACGAUGAUGUUCUACCCCACAGACCCCAGUGAGAUGUAUGGCCUUUUCGCUGUGCGGUAUAAGAAAUACAAGGCUCACUUUUACACCAGAGGUGCUACUCACAGCGGUACCACGCCAGAUGCCGAUUGCCCCAUAUUUGCUGUUUUGAAGCCCCACGACCCUCCGCUGCUCUUUAACCUGGAGAUGGACCCCUCUGAGAACUACCCCCUGUCCCUGUAUGGCAAACCAGAGCUGCAGGACGUGCUGGAGAAGAUCAAGCAGGUGAAAGCAGAGUUUGAAGCCACCAUGGUGUUUGCCCAGAGCGAGGUAUCAAAGGGAGCAGACCGCAGCCUAGAGCCGUGCUGUAAUCCAGAGUGCAGCCCAAAACCAACCUGCUGCAGUUGCUAAUACUUUUUUUUUUAAUUGGUUGAACUCAGGGAAAGACUUGAUCAUCUCUUUUAAUGUGCUUUUUGACACUUUUAAACUAUAUAACUAAAUAUUGAUCAUUUCAACACAAUUCAACUUUUACUUUUUGUAUUAAGUAGCUGGAGGAAAUAAAUGGAAACAGGGCUAUGUGAACCCUCAAAAUGACUGAUUGGUAUAAUAAAAACGCCAUAGCCUGCUGUAGCUCAUAUUCUGUAAAUUUGAACUUGUCAGUGUCAUUUUAACCAAUUUCAAACUCACCACUCCAAUGCUAGUAAAAUGAACUGUAUAACAAUAUUUAUAACUGUAAAAGUAUUGUAUGAAUAAUGUAGCUCAUUUAAUUGUGGUUUAUGUUUUGUCAUUUUACAACUUCUGUGCAAUAAAAUACAAAGUUUGAAAUUAUUAGAUGUUUGUCGUUUAAAGGGACAGUUGGUAACUUUUUAGAGGUGGCAUGUCACCUGCAUGACUACAUGGAAAAAUAAACUUUAAAACAUACUUCGGAACAAUCCCCAUGGAGACUGUUAAGUUGAAUGCCAUACUGACAGGUCUGUACUUUGACCAUGUUUAAAUUCAGGCUCCAAACAAUUCUGUUUAGCUGUGCAUAUGUCUGAAAGGUCUUUAUUCUGCACUCUUCUCUUUUAAAAUGUAUGUUUUGAUUUGUUGUAUUGUGAUUUUAAUGUGUCUUAUUCUGCAAAGUGCUUUGAUUUAUUUUGUGUACUAACUGUGCUAUACUGUGCCUUAUCUUACUGUGUGAUAUUAUAGCCAAAGGAACAACAUUUCAAUGGAAACAGGCAAAAAUAAACCCCCUUCUAGGCCAAAUAAGAGUCAGGUUUGUGGAGAUGCAUG